AUGAAAACUGGAGCUGAUAAGUCAUCAUCUCGAAAAAAUGGAUACCAAUCCGAUGAUGAGAAUAUAAAAUAUAAAUUAAACAUAGAUUACUUUAAUAAAUUGAAUAAUAAAUCUACUGUCACCAAUAAAAAACAAGAGAAAAUAAAAAACGAGGAUGAUGAUAUUCGCUAUAAAUUUCCUACAGUCUUGAAUAAACCGAAAAUAGAACAGAAACCUAAACCGAAGCCUAAAAUCAAAGUGAACUUUUGGAGCAAUAAACAAGCAGGUAGUCGGUUUCGCAAUAAUGAAAUCAAUAGAGAUAAGGUUAAUCGCAGGCACACAGUAGCUGCUGUUACAGAAGAUUCUAAUAAACCGAAGAAUAGUGCUGUAAAAGUUCGAAAACGAGUAUCAUUUUUACCUUCACCUUUGUUUUCUGAUAACCAUGUACCUAUGGUGACAGUUCCAGAUGAUUUGACAAUCCAUUUGAAUGAAGAAGAGGCAAACGACUUGGGUGAAGAUUUAAAUUCAGCUUUUGUGAAUAGUGAUAGCAGUGGAAACGAUAAGAAUGAAUUCUCCAAACGCAAAGCUAAAUCAUCAACCACACAGACAAGCCCUAAGAGUACCAAACGCAAGCGUAACUCUGAAGAGUUAGACUCGAGAUCGCACGGUAAUGAAAAUGAACUCGAGUUCUUUUCUAAAUAUGUUGUGCAGAAAUUACGCAAAAUGGAAACCAACCAGCGUAUCUAUUCAGAAAACUUAAUAAACACUGUCCUAAUGCUGGGUCAACUUGGGAAGUUAAAUGGUAAAUCAAGGAUUUCUGAAACAUAA